AUGCAAUACACUAUCAUCACCUCUCUUCUGGCUGCGCCGUUGCUUGCGCUUGCUCAGUUCCCACCGCAAGUCGAAUAUUCAAACAUCCUCAAGUCGCCCAUCAACGAGAACAUCACAGUUGCGUACAAAACUCCACCUGCUGGCACGUGUACCACAGCAUUCAGCACCCAGAAACAGUUCACUGGCUACAUAGNNGUUGGACUUUCCUACGACUCCCUUACAAACCUGACCUACGACCUCUUCGAAGACCAAUAUCUGCCGUAUGACUUUCAGAAUGACACUUCUGGCAAUACCAGGCCCGCUUAUGCGCUUAUGAAUGGAACCUUUAGCUCUGGCGAUCCCGAAUUCACCACCAACACGACUGAUAUCUCAGCUAGAGCUGCGUGGCAUUUCCUCCAAAGUUUCUUGGCCGCAUUCCCACAGUACAACCCAGGUGUUCGCCCGAAUAGCUCACAUGUCUCGACUACUGGUGUCAAUCUCUUUGCUGAGAGUUAUGGCGGCACAUACGGUCCGACCUUUGCCAACUACUUCGAGGAACAGAACGCAAAACGCGAAAACGGCACCUUGCCCAAGAACUCCACAUUGGAAAUCAAGCUCACGUCCUUGGGAAUCGUCAAUGGUCUCAUCGAUUCAUUGAUUCAGGACUACUACUACGCUACCUUCGCCUACAACAAUACAUUCGGCAUCCAGACAAUCUCACAAACAGACGAACUCAAUUUGAUUGAGCAGUACAACAAUCAGUGCAGCAGACAGACCAACCUAUGUCGCACAAUCGCUAACGAGACCGAUCCAGAGGGCGAAGGCGACAGUGUGCGGGCCAACGUCGCAUGUCAAGCUGCCACCUACUACUGCAACAGCUUGAUGAACCCGUUCCAGAAGAGCAACCUCAGCGUUUACGAUAUCCGAGUCAAAAACCCCUCGCCAGAUCCAUCCAACGCCUACUUGGAGUACCUGAACACAGCAUCGGUGCAAGAAGCCAUCGGCGCUCGCGUCAACUACACAACUAGCAGCAGUGCCGUGAUGAAUGCCUUUGUCAUGACAGGAGACUCGAUUCGAGGUGGUCAGAUUCAAGAGAUUGCCAACCUCCUCCGCGCUGGAGUGCGUGUGUCUCUGAUGUAUGGUGACGCUGAUUAUAUUCACACAAGCCUGAGAUCCAUGAUUGUUUCAAUGCUGACAAGUGUACUAGNNUGCAACUGGAAAGGCGGUGAGGCUGCCUCGUUCGCUGUCGCAGCUGCCCUAUCGGACUUUCCUUCCAACGGAUCAACACCUUCAUACCUCGCUGGCUGGAACAGUGCGGGUUAUGCAGAUAUCGUUGUCAACACGACCUACGUUGGAGGUGCUGUACGUCAGUUCGGCAACUUCUCCUUCAGCCGAAUCUACGAUGCGGGACACAUGGUGCCAUUCUACCAACCGGAGACAGCUUUCACGGUUUUUACACGCAUCAUUGAUGGUACCGAACUUAGCACAGGAGAGCCGGUUGACCUUUCCAACUUCAAGUCAUCUGGCCCUAUGAACUCGACACACACGAACUCACCACUGGCUAAGCAGCCUGCGCCGACAUGCUGGAUCCGCGCAAUGCAGGACACUUGCUCCGCUGAGCAGAUCGAAGACAUGCAAGAAGGCAAGGGCAUUGUGGCUGGAGGCAUAUGGUAUUCGAACUCGAAGCAAUACAGCGCUCCUAGCAGUACCGUGACUGCAGGCAAGCCUGGUACACCAGUAACUUCAUCUUCGACGGGCUCGGAAUCCACCAGUGGUAGCACCACAUCAACCGUUGCACUGACUGGAGUGUUUACGGCGACUGCAACACCCAGUCCUACUCAAGGAGGAGCUUCAGGAGCACAUGAAGCUAUACACAGGUGGAUUCAGAGUCUACUUGUGUUAUGUGCUCUAGUGGUGGUGAUGUGA